AUGGACGCACCCGAGCCCUUUCCACAUAUACUCCUAACCAUCCAAUGUGUGGCCGACGCCUACCAGCAUUGGAAUAUGACCAACAGAUGGGAUCCUCCCGUCUAUUACAACCCGAUAGGUAAGCAGUCUUGCUGUUUCGGGUUGGAGGCGUUUGACUGUUACGAGAGUGGGGCCAGUCAGACUGAACAGAUAGCGGUGAAAAAAUUUAUCCAGGACACCAUCACUAACCAGUCACAUGGCGAUUGUGUUAACUAUCAAUAUCAUUCAAAACACUGUCAACAGUAG